UCACACAAUGUAUCCAAAUGUAAAACUAUUUUUAUUUUGAUAAAACUCUUUCCAGUAUGUCUAGUUAUAAUCUCUUAAGCUUGCUUCUGUGUUUCAACUGCUGAACAACAGCGUUUUAACUUUAUAGGAAAGCAAGUGUAAAUUUCUGUACCCAAAUUCAUAGGGUGGUAAGGAAGCUUUGUGGUGCAAUUUCACAGAGCCUUGGGCUCCCAGAGAACUACAUUGAACAAGAAUAUACAGACAAACUCGCAGAUUAUGGUGUGCAACUACUAUCCGAAAUGUCCAGAGCCUGAGUGCACUCUUGGUGUAGGGAGUCACACAGACCCAGGUUGGAUAACAGCAUUGAUGCAGGAUGACGUCACAGGUUUACAGGUCCUCCAUGAAGACCGCUGGGUCACAGUCAAGCCUAUUCCCCAUGCACUUGUCAUCAAUCCGGGUGAUGUACUACAGAUACUAAGCAAUGGGAAAUACAAGAGCGCAGAGCACAGGGCGACCGUUAGUGGAAGCAGCGAUCGGAUUUCUGUUGGGACAACGUAUGGUCCAUCUCUCAACACCAUUAUCCGUCCUGCGCCUGAAUUACUACUUAAGGGUUGCAAGCCUGUUUAUAGAGAAAUAGUUUAUAAAGAAUACAUGGAGAUGAUUCUCAGCGGGUCACUUGAAGACAAAUGUUUGUUGGAUUUCCAUCGCUUGGAAAUACAUUGA